AUGCUGCGCUCCACGUCCACCGUCACCCUGCUCUCAGGUGGCAGCGCCAAGUCGCCUGGGACACCCAGUAGGAGGGCAAAUGUCUGCAGACUACGGCUGACCGUGCCUCCUGAGAGUCCAGUGCCCCAGCAAACAGAAAAGAAGAUUGAGAGGAAAGAUCAGCCUCCAGAACUAAGCAACGGAGAACCUACCAGGAAGCUUCCUCAGGGUGUUGUCUAUGGUGUGGUGCGAAGAUCGGAUCCCAACCAGCAGAAGGAAAUGGUUGUAUAUGGCUGGUCCACCAAUCAACUGAAAGAAGAGAUGAACUACAUCAAAGAUGUGAGGGCCACUUUGGAGAAAGUGAGGAAGCGGAUGUAUGGAGACUAUGAUGAGAUGAGGCAGAAGAUUCGCCAGCUCACCCAGGACCUGUCGGUUUCUCAAGCUCAGAAGGACUACCUAGACAGUCACAUCCAAGCACAGUCAUCAGCCCUGGAUAGCUUCAAUGCCAUGAACUCAGCAUUGGCGUCUGACUCUGUUGGCCUGCAGAAAACCCUUGUGGAUGUGACUUUGGAAAAUAGCAACAUCAAGGAUCAAAUCAGACAUUUGCAGCAGACCUAUGAAGCAUCCAUGGAUAAGCUUCGGGAGAAGCAGAGGCAGUUAGAGGCUGCUCAAAUGGAAAACCAGCUGCUGAAAAUGAAGGUGGAGUCAUCUCAAGAAGCCAAUGCUGAGGUGAUGCGGGAGAUGACGAGGAAGCUGUACAGCCAGUAUGAGGAGAAACUGCAGGAGGCCCAGCGCAAGCACAGCGCGGAGAAGGAGGUGCUCCUGGAAGAGACCAAUAGCUUUCUGAAAGCCAUCGAAGAGGCCAAUAAGAAGAUGGAGGCAGCUGAGCUCAGCCUGGAGGAGAAAGACCAGAGGAUCGGGGAACUGGACAGGUUGAUUGAGCGAAUGGAAAAGGAACGCCAUCAACUCCAACUCCAGCUCCUUGAGCAUGAAACAGAAAUGUCAGGGGAGAUUGCAGAUUCUGACAAGGACAGGUACCAGCAACUGGAGGAGGCAUCAGCCAGCCUUCGAGAGCGGAUCAGACACCUGGAUGACAUGGUACAUUGCCAGCAGAAGAAAGUCAAGCAGAUGGUUGAGGAGAUCAUGUCGCACGAGCUCUUCUCCACAUUUAGUCUCCGGCUUUUUGGAAGAUGAUAAGAUGUAGCCUGCUCUGGGUAGAAGCAGAGGUGAACUCGUCUUACUGGGUGUGAUUAGAAGAACACUUGUACUCUCUUCGGGGAAGAGGUGGUGUUUUAUCUGUGCCGAGCCCGGAGCAAGCAGGAAAGACAUGCUAUCCAAAGGAAACCUUGGCCCCGUGGGGCCCUCAUUUGUGAAAAUACUCUCAGACAGUAGCCUCGACACAUACAACCUCAAACAACAGAUCAAAGAGACCUCAGAGAUACACAGGCUGUUUCUUUUUAGAAACUUGGGUUCCUAGACAUCAAAGCAAGAACUGCACUGAAAUUCUUGCGCUGAAAAAGACUGUUAAAAAUAAUUCAGAAAGUGCCAGGGGGAGCAGCCGCAGAAGAUGCCCACCAAGGAGAAGGGAAGAGAGGCGAAGUGUGUCAGCGCUCUGGGAAAGAGGCGCACCUCACUGGAUCACACUCCCAAAAAUGCAGAUUGGGCCAAAUGUCCUGGUAGUUUGGUUAUAUUUGUUAUAUGGUGGCCCUCAUAUUUGCAGGUGACCCUUUGGAUGUCCUUUCUGAAUUACUGUCUACAGUCAUUGUCAGUUAAUGUCACUCUUGUUUAAGGAAAGUUCGGUUUGCUUCUAUCCUUCUGGGCAUCUUGUCUGAAUAGACAUGGCUCAACCAGCUUCAGGGCAAGCGGGAGUAUGCCUAAUGAAAAGAGAAAUAUGUCUAGCUAAGAUGUAUGGGCAUGAGAUGAACGAAGCGUGCUUUGUUCAUGGUCUAUCUUCAUAGAGGCCAUUUGUUGAUAACCAGUGUGCUAUUAUUUCAUCAGUGUGCUAUUAUUUCAUCUUUUUUUUUCUUAAAAAAAAAAAGGAAACUGUGUUGGCUGGGGGCUGCUGCUAUCUUGUCAGAGUUUGCCCUUGUUCUUUCAUAUGGUGCUCUUGUCAAUCCCAGCUUAGGGUGGCAUGAAAGGGAAGGAAGCAGACAAGACAAUCCACACCUGAAAAGAGCUCUCUGUGAUGUGAACCUGGGUGUGGGAUCCCAUUUAAAGCUGGAUCCCAUAUACUCCAUAGGGGUUUGUGGAAAGCUGGAGUCAGAGUCAAAAGCCACUCAUCCCCUCAUGACCCUAGGUGGUCACUUACCUGCGCUAUUCCUAGGGACUCAGUCUCUGGCAUUUCUUCUGGAACAAGUCUCAGGAGGUGAAAUCACAGGAUCUAAGGGAGUGGCCUUGAACUUCAGAGAAGUUGCAUUGGGGUGAAUCUCUCUUCCUGUGUGGUGUGGUAUGCUUUUGCCUGUUUCUCCUCUCUUGGGCUAAAGUCAGUCCAUGGAGCCCAGAGAUGUCUUGUUCUGUGGAGAAGAUGGUGAGGUACCCAGAGUGUGAACACCACUCUCCUCAUGUAUCCUGAAUGCUGCCCCCUCCUCCUAUCCUGACCCUGGUUGUAGGCUAAUUGGUGAUCUUUGAUCUGAGUUCUUUGCUUCAACUUACAAUCCUAUGUCUUAGUUCUGUCUUCCUACCUAGAUUGGCAUGGUCUCACGUUGUCUUAAAUUGCUACCAAACCUGACUCGUGUUCAAAUCCUUAGUCAUCCUACUUCCCCCGGCUCUUAUUUGACCCUUUGCCUGUACUCCUAAGGCUUUAUCUUGUCUCUUAGCCACUCUCCACCCCACCCAAAGGAGGUUCUGCUCAACUUGGGGCAGGAUUUAUUUGUAGCCAAUGAAAAUGUUGUCUUUUUAAUUUCUAGCGGUUAACAUAGUGUAGUCACUUCUUUAUUUAAAUUAAAUCUUAAUACUUCAUCUAAAAUAUGAAAUUUUUAGAGGUAUCACAAAGAAUAAAGUUGGGUCAGCCUUUCUUCCCUGUGUAUUCUAGAAAAAUAGCAAUCACAAGAGCAUAGGCAGGUCAUGGUGUGUCUAGCGCCUCAUCUUUGUCAGCCUGGAGAACACUCACUGUGGACUGGGAGGUGACAUGGUGUCCUCAGCUGGCUGGCCAGGCUUCUCCUUUGUGAACUAAUGCUCAUGUCCUUCAUUGAGUUUUUAAAUCAACUCCCUUAUCUUCCCGCCUGAUAAUUUAUGUUGCUGGCAUGGGUCAUUUACUGAAAAAUACUUGUGAUGUUCUCAUCUGCCAGUUGGUGGUAUCUGUUUGUGGAAUCUCUUACACAAAUAUUGAGUUUUUCUGAGGUUAUAGUUAUCAAUUUUUUUUACUAUGUUGUAUGUCUUGUUUGUCAUUGUAAAAGUAUUAAAGUUUUGUUUGUCAUUUUUAUCUUUUAUUGAAACCCAUGUGUCUGUCACCUCCCCCUUUCCUUCCUCUAUUUUUGUCUAUGGCACUUACACUGUAUGUGGUGUGUUUUGCCUUCGUUCGUCUGUUGUUCUGCUUGUUUUGUUUUUGUCUCUCUCCCUCUUAUAGAAUGGAAGCUCUGUGAGGGCAGGGCCUUUGGCCUGUUGCAUUCAUGACUGUAUUCCUAAUAUCUAGAAUGGUCACUGGUGUCCAGUAGGUGCUCAAUAAAUGUUAUUUUUGGACAAAUAAAGACUAAGCCAUCUGAAAUUUA